AUGGCUGGCCAGGCCAAGAAGAAAUUUGCCAUUCUUGGCGUUGCUUCACUUGUCCUAGUGGCUAUGGUGGUUGCCGUCACCUUGGGCACCCAAAACUCCGACACCGACAACUACAAUCACCAAGAAGUUUCUGACUCCCAGAAGGCCAUCCAGACAAUCUGUGAACCUACAGAUUACAAAGAGACUUGCAUCAAGACCCUACAAGCCGAAGCUGGAAAUUCCACAGAUCCCAAAGAACUCAUUCAGGCUGCAUUCAAGGUUACCACUAAUUACAUCAACGAAGCAGCCAAGAACUCAACUGUUUUGCAAGAGCUUCAGAAAGAUCCCAGAACCAAAUUGGCUCUUGAAAACUGCAAAGAGCUUGCUCACCAGGCUGUUGAGGAUCUUGAAAGAUCUUUUGCCAAGUUCCAAACUUUUGAUUUCAGCAACAUAGAUGACAUGCUUGCUGAUAUCAAGGUUUGGCUCAGUGGUGCCCUUACAUAUCAACAGACAUGUCUGGAUGGUUUUGAAGGUGCCGAGGGAGAUGCAGGAGAGAAAAUGAGGCAAUCUCUGGAGACUAGUAUGGAACUGACAAGCAAUGGUCUUGCCAUGAUCAAUGACAUCUCUUCAGUCCUCACAAGUUUGGAACUUCCUGCCUUCACAAAUCGUCGUCUCCUAUCUGAUGAUAUCCUCGGUCACGGUAUGGACAUUUUACCUUCUUGGAUAGAUGAAGGAAGGCGCAGGCUCCUUCGAGCUAAGCCAAGUAAAGUUAAACCUGAUCUCAUUGUUGCCAAGGAUGGAUCCGGCAAUUUCACGACGAUCAACGAGGCACUCCUGAAUAUCACCAAAAAUGAAGAAAAACGAUUUGUGCUCUACAUCAAAGAGGGUGUCUACGAAGAGAAGGUGACCUUUCAUAAGAACUUGCUUCAUUUGACGGUUAUCGGUGAUGGCCCAACCAAGACAAGGAUUACUGGAAAAUUGAAUUUCAUUGAUGGAGUUCCUACUUACCACACAGCUACAGUCGCUGUGCUUGGAGACUUUUUCAUUGCCAGGGACAUUGGGUUCGAGAAUGCUGCUGGCCCUGAAAAGCAUCAAGCCGUGGCAGUGCGUGUUGGAGCUGACAAAACAAUUUUCUACAAUUGCCAUUUCGAUGGCUUCCAAGAUACUCUCUAUGCACACACCUAUCGCCAAUUCUACCGCAACUGUAAAAUCUCUGGAACCAUAGAUUUUGUAUUUGGUGAUAGUGCUGCCGUGCUCCAAAACUGCACAUUGGAGGUCAGAAAGCCUCUGGACAAUCAACAGUGUAUCGUCACAGCACAAGGCAGGAAGGACGCGCGCCAGCCAACAGGUCUGGUGCUACAGAAUUGCAGCUUUGUGGCCGAUCCAGCAUAUUUCCCAUACAGAUUUCAACUCAAAUCAUAUCUUGGCCGUCCAUGGAAAGAAUUCUCAAGAACCAUCAUCAUGGAAUCUUUCAUUGAUGAUUUGAUCCAGCCGGAGGGAUGGUUGGCCUGGAAUGGCUCUUUUGCUCUCGACACACUCUUCUAUGCUGAAUUCAACAACAGAGGACCUUCCUCCAAUAAGAUGCUCCGUGCUCAAUGGAAUGGUGUUAAGGAGCUUCCAUCAUCUCGAGUUGAACGUUUUCUUGCAGCCAAAUUCAUCGACGGCAAUCACUGGGUAAAAUCAGCUCAUUUCCCCUACAACUCUGGAUUCAUUUACCCACCACCACAGGAGGAUCCCAGUGUUAAAUACUCCCCUGUAGCACCAGAAGAAACCAAAGACUUAGGCUCAGACAGAAGCAAGGAGGCAUUCUAUUUCCGUCAACCAGCAGCAACUGAUAAUGCAGACAUUGGAUCUGCAUCAAUAGCAGCCCCUCCUCUUACAAGCUAUGGCCUUCCUCCAGCUUUGAGCCCAGUUGCCGCUCCAGCUCCCGCUCCCAUUCCCACUCCCACUCGCAAACGGAGAUCAGGUUCACGUCUUAGGCGGCUUAUAGCAAAGAUUUGGUGA